AUGGCUAUGGACCAGACCAUAACCGAAGGGCAAUCGGCCCAGCCAGAAACUGAACAGCUCCUCAUCCCGAAUACCACAAUACCAUCCUUCCGGGCAACAGGACGGACACUACGCUCAGCCUCGGUUAGCACUGUCACGAGACUACUUGACUACAAUCCCUCCGGUGGAAUGUGGCAGGCGACCGGGACAGCUAUCGCGCACGCCCCGAAUGUGACGGACCUGAGAUCACCCGACGAUGUUUUCUUCGAUGUACACGGUCGAGGCGUAAGACGAGUCAGCACUCAAGAUUCAGUCGGUGGAGCGGUAAUUCGGAGAGCAACGGCACCUACGAUAGAACUUGGAGCCUUCCAGGAAGAGAAGAACAAAGCUGGACCGGUCGAAAGCCUGCCUGAAUCUCAACUUGAACCCAACAAGAACAAUGAAGACAUCAUUGCUCCCAAGGUGCCUUGGGGGACCGCCUUUAAAAAGGCUGCCCUCGCAGCAUGGAGAUUCAUUCUUACACCUACGGGCCUUUUCAUUCUGAUUUAUGGUCUCAACGUUAUCGCCUGGGGUGCCAUGCUGUUUUUCCUGUUACUCGGCGUCGGCUCCAUGAGCAAGGAGCGCAAAGAAAUAUGGAUCGAAAUUGAUUCCCAAAUUCUCAAUGGGUUAUUCUGUCUAACUUCUUGGGGACUGGCGCCGUGGCGGAUUCGCGACACAUAUUGGCUGCUGAUGUGGCACUUCGGUUCGGCGAACACAUCCAAGAAAUCGAUAAUGCAUCUGGCAAAGCGGAAUUCGAGCUGGUAUAGGAUGCAGGAUUCCGAGGAGUCAAAUUGUGACGAAAUGGUGGUCCGGGAGACCCUGACUGGCAAGGUUGCUCCACCUACAAAAACAUGGAAAAUGGACUUUGUCGUGAUAAAUAUGUUGUUGAACAGUUUGUUCCAAAUUGGAAUGGCGACGUUUAUGUGGGAGUAUGACCGCCAUACCCGCCCGUCCUUCGGAGUUGGCCUUUUCAUUGGUCUAGGCUGUUUCAGUUCGCUUCUAGCAGGUUUAACGUCAUGGUGGGAGGGCCGAAAGGUCAAACGCAUUGAGGGUGCUUUCUUUGAAGAGAUACAGGAGAAUGAGAAGCAGAAACCCAUAGAGAUAAUAGUCUAA